UCCAUGUAGGAAAUUAGAGAGAUUAUGUUAGGCCAUCUUUAAAAUGCCAUUGGUAAAUCGUACUCUGUCCUCAAUUCCUGCACCUCCCCAGGCCAUCUGAGCAUGAAAGACUGUCACCUACCCUCACCCGCUGCCUGUAACGCUUGUCCCAGUGUUAUUUGUCCGCCGCAUGCCUAGCCCAUCGGAACGCUCGGGCUGCACCGCGUCCCUGGAGAAGGCUGAGCGACAUGUCCAGGGCACAGAUCCCGGCUCUGGUGUUUGGUGUCGGGGGAUUCGGAGCCCUCGUAGCUGCCACAGUGUCCAAUGAGUGGAAAGUCACCACCCGCGCAUCCUCCGUGGUAACUGCCACUUGGGUCUACCAGGGUCUGUGGAUGAACUGCGCAGGUAACGCGUUGGGUUCUUUCCAUUGCCGGCCACAUUUUACUAUCUUCAAAGUAGAAGGUUAUAUCCAGGCAUGUAGAGGACUUAUGAUUGCUGCUGUCAGCCUGGGCUUUUUUGGUUCCAUAUUUGCACUCUUUGGAAUGAAGUGUACCAAAGUCGGAGGCUCAGAUAAAGCCAAAGCUAAAAUUGCUUGUUUGGCUGGGAUUGUGUUCAUACUGUCAGGGCUGUGCUCAAUGACUGGCUGUUCGCUGUAUGCAAACAAAAUCACAAAGGAAUUCUUUGAUCCAUUCUAUGUUGAGCAAAAGUAUGAAUUAGGAGCUGCUCUGUUUAUUGGAUGGGCAGGAGCCUCACUCUGCAUAAUCGGUGGUGUCAUAUUUUGCUUUUCAAUAUCUGACAACAACAAAACACCCAGAAUGGGGUACGCUUACAACGGGGCCACAUCCGUCAUGUCUUCUCGGACGAAGUAUCAUGGCGGAGAAGAUUUUAAAACCACAAGCCCUUCAAAACAGUUCGACAAAAAUGCUUAUGUCUAGAAGAGCUCUCUGCUGGCAAGCUGUGUCUUGAGGUUGUUGUGAAAAUGAACUGUUCACAAAAUGAUCCCAUCAAGGCCCUCCUAUAAUUAACACUCAAACUAUUUUUAAAAUACGAAUUUGAAGAAUUUGUUGAUUGUAUGGAUGUAAAUGUUCUUACAUAGUUGUAUACUAAUCAUUUUCUGUUGUGGCUUUCUAUAAAAAAUAAACCGGUUAUUUACAA